UAACCCGAGUAAAGCACUUGGUACACAGUAGGCCUUUGAUCUGUGGUAGCUACUCCCAGCACCUUUCUACUUGUGGUCUCCGUGCCUAUGCUGAGACUGGGGGCUCAGAGAAGUGCCGGCCUCACACACAGGCAGAAUAUCCUGGGAACACUGUGGGGCCCAUCUGAUCUCACACAGAGCUUUUACAGGCAACGUCUAUUUGGACCACUUGCCUCAGAAUCACGUGGGCUGCUCGUGAAAAUGCAGAUUCCUGGGCCCUCGCCUCACUGACCCAAUCAGAGUCUCUGGAGGUGGAGCCCAGCCAUGUGUAUGUUUGCCACGCUUCCAGGGCGAUUUGGCCACAUGCCCAGACUUGAGAGUCAUGGUGUGGAGUCAGAGGAAAGAAGGCACGUCAUCAGGAAGGGUUUCUCAAUUGCAAAGCAACAGCUGAGCCUGUCAGGGAAGACAGAAAACACCCAUAUGGGCCAAUAGCCUCCAGCAACUGCUAGAGCCCUUGGGACAGCCAGCACAGUGGGUCCAGGGAGCGGACAGAAUGGAGAGGACAGUGCUCCGGGGUUGGCCGUGGCUGCUGCUGCUGCUGCUGCUCUGGGUCUCAGGUUUCCCAGCCGUAGGUGAAGAGGAGGACGAAAUAUGCCUACUAGAAGGAAGGAACCUGACCGCAGUCUGUACUUACAACAUCAUGUUGUAUGCCACCAGCCUCAAGGCCUGGCAGCGAGUGGGGAGCCAAGGCCCCGCUGAGACACUGGUGCGCACGACCACUAAAUACACGGACCGAAACUGGGCCCGGGCUGGGAGAUACCUGCUGGAGGAUGAUCCCACCAAUGGCGGCUUGGUUGUCACAGUGACAGGGCUCCAGAGGCAGGACUUGGGGCUGUACCAAUGCGUGAUUGACCUCUCACCUCAGAAGCCCAAAGAGCUGUUUCCUCGGAUUCGGCUGGUACAGUGCAGAGAUCAUUCAAGUACCCCUGCCUCAGACAAGAAUCCUUCCCGGGGAUUGGCUCAGAUUUCCACCCUUCCUCCUCUCACUUUCAACACCCAGAGCAAGCUCCCCACCAGCCCCAGGACUGAGACGCCACUCUUGCCCAUGACAACUGCCAGCCUCUCCUCUCCUGGCCUCGAAGUCAACCCCACACAUAAGACAGAUGUCAUCAGACAUGGCUCUGUCUGUAAGUCAAGGUCCCUGAGACAUAACAUUAAGUCAAGGUCUCUAACCUUCAGAGACCUAACAUCAGUGAUACAGGACAGUUCUGCAGGCUGGAGGUGGGUUUCAGCGCCAAGGGCCCUUUCCUGCUUUGUAUCGCCAUUGUGUGUCGUUUGUCUCUUUGCUAGUCUGUACAUUGGGCUUUAAGUUUUGAUAGGCAAGUGUGUCAAACUUCAAAAUUAAUGCUUCGCUUUAUUCCUUUCUUGUGCUUGAUUCUACUUCUUGGGGACUUUUCUAUUAUUCUAAACAAAUGUAUUUAAAUCGUUAGUCCACCUUUGGGAAGGGGGCUAUUUUGCUAUAUGGUAUAAAUUGUAGAAAAGGUGACUUUUUCUUCAUAUUGCUAUCCGGGCGCCACAAGACUAUUAACUAAGCAAUGUUUGGCUACCUACUGGGCUGCCCAUCGAUUUCUUUAGUUGUUAAAUUCUUACAUAUCAUCAGAUCUGUCUCUGGACUUCAAUUUGUUUCACUGCGACCUACUUUCCUCUUUGUCCCAGUGUCUUAUCACGCAGGGUAGUGGUGCUCUAAUCUAUUUCCAUACCUACUGAGUCUAGACGGCUCAAGUGUCCUC